AUGGUUAAUUUUAUAUCUGAAUUCAGUGUACAAGACAUAGCAGGUAAUAAAGUCAGAAAACUCCGUACACGCUCUAUAAGAUCUCAAGUAAAAGAUGCAAUUUUUGAAGGUUUUAAUGCUUAUUUUAAGCCAAAAUACCGAUACAAAAUGAAAUAUUCUAUUCAAAUGGGCUUUGAGAUCUCAAUGAAUUCAAUUUAUUGCCUUCAGUUAUUUUUAUUUUAUUAAAAUUAAAAAAAAUAUUUUUUAUUUUUUUUUUAAAAUAAAAAAUUAGCCUUCAGUUAUUAACCCUAGUUUUACACCCUGGGGUGAAAAUAUCUGAGUGAGAUCGUUAUUCAUUGAUUUGGUAUAUUAUUAGCUAUUUUAGAUUCGACAAUAUCUGCGCGGAUUUGAAAGGUUUACAUCAUUGUUUUUAUGGGUCUUCAUUUUUAAUUACAUUUGGCUUUAUCUCUUUGUGUAUAACAUCUUUGAUGUGUUAUUGGAAGCGCAGUAUCAAUGGAAACCUGAUUUAUUUGCCUGGGAAAAUUUUAGAGUUUUUAUCGACAAUUGGAUAUCUGCCAGCUUUGAUGAUAAAUUUGAUUGUUAUUAAAUAUUCAUUUUACCCUGAAUCAUCAAUAGAUGAGUAUAUGAUAUUUUAUAUAUUAAUAUAUUAUUUAUUUUUUUUUUAAAAAAUAUAUUAAGCAUUUUAAUAAAAAUUGUAUAACUCACAUGGCACCUUAAAUAUGCAGCCAAUUUCAGCUUUUUGAGGCAUAAUUGGACUUAUUGAUGCAUUUUUAUUAUAUUUUUUUGCAAUUACCCAUGAACUUUUUACUGCUGACGUUUGCCACUCUUUUGCUGAACGGAAUAUCAGAGCACGUGCUGACACUGGAAUUGAUAUAAAAGUCCUAGGCCAUAAAACAGCUAUAGCCAUUAUUUAUGUUUACGCAGGGAUUUCUAAUAUAACCUUAUACCACCUUUAUAUUAUGAUUUCUACAGGCUUUUUAUCCUACCUUAUGUUUACAUGUAAUUCUUAUUUUAACCCUUUUGUGGAUGCUUUAAAAAUUUCUGUCAUGCUUGGGAUUUCGAUUUUUGAUGCUUUUUUUUUGCUAGCAUUAUGAAUUGAUGAUGCAGGGGUCGUGGUGCUGCUUAGUAUUGUAAUAUUUCCUCUGAUAUUUGCUGCAAAUAUAUAUUAUAUAAGCAAACUUUCAAAAAGUUAUGCAAAUUCUCCAAAAGAAGUGUCAAAUCAGCAUAAUUUUGAGCUGAAUAUGAGGCAUAUGCUUAUUGAUAGGUCUGGAAAAUUUAAUGCAAGGGUUGUAUACAUUAUAGUCUUUAUAAGGAAUUUUCAAGACUAUUUUUUUUAAAAUGAUAAUUUAUUUAUUUAAUAAUAGAAAAAUUCAUUGAAAUAUAUAAAAAACAAAUAUUUUUUAUCGAAAAAUUAUUGGUCGCUUGAGAAGUUAACUAUUGUAUUCAUACAAUAAAAGAUUUAGGGCUAGCAAGAAUAAAAUUUGCAAGAAUGACGCAUGCUAAAGCUAGUAUGGAUGGGGUUGUACAGGAAUGAAGGAUUAAAAAAUGAUUAGAUAACAAUAAAAAUGAAAAUUUUUGCAUAGAAACUGAUUUUUUAUUUUAUUUAAUUGAUUUAGAAGAAGCUGAAAAAGAUGAUGAAAAACUAUGCUGCGAUUUGAUAUCCUUAUGGAACGAAGUGACAUGCAAAAAGCCACGCCUCGGCAAACUAGAAAGUUUAGCCCACAAAGUUUCAAAAUUAAUAGAAAAACUUAAAGAUGAAUAUAUGUCCUUAAUCGCUUAUAAGCACGCUAAAGCUUUUGAGCUGUAUGGGAGUUUCUUAAUGAAUGUCCUUAAUGAACAUCAAUUUGGAAAUUUAAUCAUGAAUAAGCGAAACAGCUUUAAAAAUCCUGAUUUUAAGUCGAAAAGUGAAAAGAGAUUGACAAGAUUUGAUGAUGAAAAUGGGAUUAUACUGAUAUCAGCUAGUAAAAAAGACCUUGGGGAGAUUGUGUAUAUUAAUCAAAAAGCUGCAGAAAUAUUAGAAGAAAAUAUUCAUAGCGCUACGGGCAAUAAAAUAUGACAGUAUAUCCCUAACCCUUAUCAAGACUCCCACCGCCAAUAUAUGACUGAAUGAAUAGAAAAUUGUAAAUCAACUGAAGUGCCAACACCUAAUGCUUUAUUUUUUUUAAAUCAAAUGGGCUUUUUGGUUGACUGCCAAGUUCUGAUUAAAUUGACUGCAUUUAAUGGAUAUUUAUACUUUAUGGCGACCUUAAAAAUAGUGCAGUCCCUUAGGCAGGUUGCAUUAAUAUCAGAGAAUGGGUUUAUAUAUCACCAUAGCUCACAUUUUUUUUUAGAAUAUUCCUAUUAGGAUGAAUAUUAAAAAAUUAAAACUUUUUUUUAAAAAUAAUUUAAAUAAUUGUAAAUAGAAUAUUUAAAUUUUAAAAAAAUACCUAUAGGCUGCCAAUAUAUCCAAAAAAUUCUCCCAGAAAUUAAUUUUGAAGCUAUGACGAUUUAUGAGCCAGAAAUGAUUUCUCCUAAUGGAAUUGAUAUAGCUGCAGUUCAUUGUAUAAAAAAUUAUUCAAAAACCAGAAUUCAUUAUAUUUUGCUAAUCACUGAUCCAACUGAAAUAAAGCAAUGAAAUAAAGGGCUCGACUAUAAUCAGCAAGAAUAUUUUAAACGUCAGGAAUCAUUUUUUGACUCAGAUAAUCUAUGGUUUUUUAUAAAAAUAAUCCAAAAAAAAAUAUAGCCAAAAUCUUAUUCCUAUGAAAAAUAAACCUUUCCCUAUUAAUGUAUUUAUUAAUUCUCCUUACUCCAAGCAAGCUUAUUUGUGGGGAUUUUUGCAGAAAAUUUUCAAAUAGUAAAUUUUAUAUGAAUAGAUCUUAUUAUUGGUGGUAAAUGUCAAAAAUUAGCAAUUUUCGCUUUUUAUCUGAAAAAACCCCAAAUUUCAAUUUAGUCAUAUUUGAAAACUUCCACAAAAAUCCCAACAAAUAAGCAAUUACUGGAGGGGAGUUAAAUAAUAAUAAAUACAAAUAUUGACCUUCCUCCUGGUCUAACUGACUCCCCCAUAAUAAAAAAGCGAGUUCACUUAACCCGUGAAGAAAACACUGACAUUUCUCAAACCAUCGAGCUUUCCCGAAUUGACGAAAUUGCAAAAAAACGAAAAUUCAGCCACAUUGACGACAGAUCCAUAACUGCGUCGAUUUUACAAAGCAACUCUUCAUCAGUCGCCAAAAGUAACUUUUAUUAAGCUCGUGGGAAAUCUACCAUGAUAAAAUCCGAGACGUCUUUAAAAAGAUUUAAAUGAAUUUUAUUUAUUUCGGUAAAAAAUAUAUAGAUGAUCAUAGUUAUAGCGACCAAUAUAGCAAUUUCUGUGUAUAUAUCAGAAGCGGUAAACCAUUCGAAGUCUUUUAAUUCCUUCAAAGAUUUAGCAAUUAUUUUGUAUAGAUUGGCGUCUAUGGCUGAAAUUUCACGUUCAAUUUAUUUUAGUAUCAAGACAAAUAUUGAUUUUAAUGAAAAUCUUGAUUUAAUGAACGACGCCAUUAGUGAGAUGUCGAAUUAUCAUCAAGCUUUAAGGGAUGAUGCCUAUGAGUGAAGUUAUUGUCCGAGUUCUGAUAUUGUAUCAAAUGAUAUAAUGGCUUCGUGAACAGCUAGUAAUAAACAAGAGAUUAUCUAUACAAAUUUACUUGAUGAAAUUCAGGAUGAAAUUAUAUUGUUAUUUAUUAAUUGUGCAUGAAAAUUUUUUUUAAAUUUUUUAAAUUAAAACUUUCAAUAAAAAUAGAAUAAUACAGUAUUUUUUUAUUUAGGCAAAUAAAUUGGUAAUAAAAGCAAAAAAUAAUGAAACUUUUGACGAUGAAAUGAGAUAUCUGAUUUCAAAUGGACUAGAAAACGUAUAUCAGCAGACAAAUUCUUCAUUAAAUCCUCCCCCCCCAAUUAAUAGCGGACGAAAAAAUCGUCCGCUAUUAAUUGGGUCAUAACUUAAAAAGUUUGAUAUUUUUAUAUAUAUUUUUCUAUUUAAAAUUUUUUAUAAAAGGCCUGAAAAAAAUGCAUUUUUAAGUCAAAAGAGUAGCAUUAAAUCUAAUAAAAUGGAGUUGAAUGGAGAAGCCAGAAAGAGAAAAGACUAACAACUGGUGAUAAGCUAGUUAUUGCACAAUUCUUGGUCACAAAAACAGCGAUCUUUGCGCUUAGACCUCUCGCCUUGAGGUCCCAAGACAUAGCUGGGCCAAUUCCUGGCUCCAAAAACCAUGCCCGGAUAUACACAGGUAACCGUCUCAAGAGGACGGGUCAGAAGUCAUCCGCCAUUUUAUGUAUAUUAGUAAAUUUAUAAUGAACGAUUAUCUUAUAUAAUUUAAAAUUUUUUAUAGUAAAAAAAUUUCCGUUAUUAAAUGGUACCUAAGGGUCCAUUUUUAGGGAAAAAAAAAAACAUUGAUUUCGUCCGCUAUUAAUUGGGGGGGUGGAGUAAAGAAAUCUUGUGAGGUGUGAAAUUAAUAGGAUUUCGGAAAUUUCUAAUACGAUAACUAUCCUUAUGGUAGCAGGGAUCUGUGUCCUUGGGUUUUGUACAAUAAUCCUUGUUUAUUAUAUUUUUUAUAUAAGCAAAAAAUAUAAUGUUUUAUGAAAUUUUAUCAAGACAAUUACUCAUUCAGCAUAUUUUGAGCUGAAAAGAAGCUGCUUAGAAAGGCUUUGCUCUAUCCAUGGAAAUGAUUACAAUCAGGACGAAGUUGACUCUGUGUACAGAAAUAAAGAGCCAGACGAAAAGCUGACAUUUAAAGAAAACCAAAAAUUUAUUAUGCGAUUAAGUAUAUUUUUAUUGCAAACAGCUGCUUAUUAUAUAUGCUUUUUCAGAUAUACCAAUUGUCCGAGGAUGGCGCUAUCUUGCGCCAUCCUCGGGCAAUUCAAAAAUGGCCCCACACCGGGAAUCGAACCCACGUGUGGGGCCAUUUUUGGUGUGUGGCCAACAUAGACUUACACGCACCAAAAAUGGUCCCACACGUGCGUUCGAUUCUCGGUGUGGGGCCAUUUUUUGAAUUGCCCGAGAAUGGCGCAAGAUAGCGCCAUCCUCGGGCAAUUCCUAUAAAAUUUAUUUAUUUUUUUAUAAAAAAAGAAAAAAAUUAUCUUUACCCAAAGCAUUAUAGUAGUUCAUGCUGUUCUUUUUUCUUCUUGUGAAGACUUAUUACACGAAAGACCUAAAUUAUUGACAAAUUAUAUUCGUAGGCGAGCCCUUGUCCCAACCAUAAAUUUCUGGUCAAGAGAAUCUGCGGUAUAUGGAACGCCUAUUGGUCUCCAAAUAAUUUUUUCUGAAAGUGUUGUAUAUGAAAAUCCUGAUACAGAACUUGAUAAAGCAAUAAAUCUAUUUAAACUGGCUGAUGCUGAGCUAAUAGAUUAUAUGCAUUAUAUGUCUAAUAGUCUGAGAGCCAAGCUUUAUGAGCAUUCAAGCGCCCCAAAUUAUCAGUAUAAAUAUGGAGGGCUAUGAUUGAAUAAUUUAUUGACAUUUGACUCCCUAGCAUUAAAGCAUAUUGAAGAUGAUAAAAUGCAAGAAAUGAUGAAAACAACUAGAGAUUAUGCUAUUAUUCAGCAGGCUAUGGCCACAAAUUUUGAUAUUAUUAACAAGUCUUCUGAAAAUAUGAUUUCUGAUAAGCUGAAUUCCAUUAUUUAUGCAGUUGUAAUGUAUGCAUUGUGUUGUUUGAUUUUGUAUUUUUUUUACUAUUUGCCUUAUCUAUCGAGAGAAAUUAAAAGACUUUAUAAAUUGCAGUUAAUUAUAGCUAUAAUCCCUAAGGUAUAA